GAUUUUUUUUUCUCCUGUAAGAAUUCGUUCAGGGGUGAAAUAACGCGACCAGCGUAACGUCACUUGACUUGGCCAAAUUUACUUAUCUGCCAUUUUGUAUCUUCACAGUCCGAUUAGACGAAGUUGGAUGUUAACGACAAGAGAAGCAAAUAUACUGAAUUACCUUGUCGUUGUCUUCAAUGCAUCUUGAUUCAUAGUAUGAUCUAGUUAGACAUAUUUGAAGAGGAAGCUACAACUGCGCUCGAUUGAGUGUCUUUCUUUAAGUUAAACGGUUUGGACUUGUGUUGUUUACCUUUUCCUUUAGCAGGAGAGCUAACAAGACAGACGUUAGCUGUGUUUCUCGCUAGCCAGCUAGCUUAGCUAGCGUAUAACUGCACCAGCGUUAGCUUACCAAGGCUAACGGUACACUGUGGCGAAAUGGCGUCCAACACGGCACAAGCAACACCUUCAACCAACUGGUCUUAUGGUGCUGGCGCAGACGCCCAGGUUCAUGAGAACCCAGAAUGGGAGAAAGCCAGACAAGCACUAGCGUCCAUUAACAAGAACCAGAGUCCUGCUAAGCCCCCACAAGCCAACCGGACCACACCAGAGCAGGCCGGUCAGUUUCAGCCAGCAGUAUCUGAUUCUACUGCCAUUCAGCAGCAGCAGCAGCAGCAGCAGCAGCAGCAGCAACAGCAAUACUAUCCUUGGUACCAGCAAACUCAGCAGCAUUAUCCUGGAUAUACAUACCCCUACAACUACUACUACCCAAUGGGUCCAUAUGGAGCUGCAUACCCUCCAAAUCAGUAUGGUGUACCUCCAGGGCCUUACCCAGGACCUCCAACCUCUAAUGGACAGCCUCCCCCUGUGCCAGGAAUGGAAGAGUCCUCUAACUACCCAUCUCAACCACAACCUCCUCCCCCUGCUACACCCCAACCACCCCAUAGCCCAACCACCUCAGACAAACCCCCUCCUCCUCCACCCCCACCUAUUCCUCCCCCACCUAAUUCCCAGUACCCCCCUCCUCCCUCUCCAAAUUCCUAUAGUGCCAAUAACCCCAUGCGAUAUCCACCUGGUGACCCCAACCAAAUGCAAAUGUACAAUCAUUCCCAGGAAAGGCCCAACUAUGGUCAAGGCUUCCAGGGCCAGAAUACUUAUCAGCCCUCUCAGAAUACCCAACAGCACCAGCAGCAGCCAGGCCAGUACCUGCCAGGGCUUGGCAGAGGAGAGGCCAACAAAAACAAAAACCAGAAACAAGGACAGCAACUGUGGCACCGCAUGAAACAGGCACCUGGGGCAUCUUCUGUGAAGUUCAAUAUUUCCAAGAGACCCUAUCAGGUUCAGUGUGGUCCAGUUUCCAAUCAGAGUUUUCCCCCGGGCGAGCAGCCUUCAGGGUUAAAUCCAUCUCCUUCCUCCCCGGCUAGUGGUACAGCUGCAUCCGGAGGGGCUCAGACACGACCUCAGGACUGGCCCCAAGCCAUGAAGGAAUAUGUGCAGCGCUGUUUUACAGCCUGCGAGACUGAGGAGGACAAAGAUCGUACUGAGAAGGUGCUGAAAGAAGUUCUGCAGGACCGGUUAAAGGAUGGCUCUGCUUAUACUAUUGAUUGGACCCAUGAGCCAUUGCCGGAACUAAAAGUCAAACAGUCUCGUUGGGAAACAAUCCAACCCCAGAGGGCGUCAGAUGGCUCUAUUAGCCGUGGUGGAAGUACAGCAGCCGCAGCUUCAAGAGGCAGGGGAGGUGGACACAGACUGGGCAAUUACCGAAAUAUAUUUUCUCAAAGGAGUCCUUCCUCGAGUUCAUCUCGUUCCUCCUCCCGUUCCCCGUCCCCCUCCCAUAGCCGACACAGGGACAGAAGUAACCAAAGGCACAGACGCAGUGAUUCUGGCUCACAGUCAGACAGCAGCAUCUCUAGUGACCUCCGACCUCAACUGUCAAGACGAAGCCAGAGAGGAGCCCGUGGUCGUGGUAAUGACAGAGACAGAGGACGCGGAGGUGGUGAGCGAGGACGGGGAAGAGGAGGAAAGGCCAACAGAGGAAGAAGAAAUAUGGAAGAUGCCAAUUCAGCUGUUGGAAAGAAGAGGAAAGGCGGCAAUGCUGGUCUAGAUUUCCAUGAUCCCAACAGAGAAGCCAAAAAGCAGAGCAGAGCUGCUCGUUUUCACAAGCAGCUUCGCUCAGAGCCCCUAGUUCUCUCCAUUCAUACCCUGGACCUCCCUGAUGGAACUCAGGAGAGUCUCAGCUGGGAGGACUGCCCCAUCGUGGGAACAUGCCAGGACAUCACCAAGAUAUACCUGAGGCUCACCUGUGCACCAGACCCCUCCACUGUCCGCCCUGUGUCUGUCCUGAGAAAAUCUCUGCUUGCUGUGAAAGCCCACUGGCAAACCCACCAGGACUACGCAUAUGCCUGUGAACAGAUGAAGUCCAUACGACAGGACCUCACGGUCCAGGGAGUUCGUACUGAAUUCACAGUGGAAGUGUACGAGUGUCACGCACGCAUUGCUUUAGAAAAGGGAGACCACGAAGAGUUCAACCAGUGCCAGACCCAACUGAAGGCUCUGUAUAAGGACAACCCCUCAGAGAACAUCGGAGAAUUUACAGCAUAUAGAUUGAUGUAUUACAUCUUCACCAAAAAUUCAGGAGAUCUGACCACUGAGUUGGUUUACUUGACCCCUACACUGCGAGAAGAUGUGUGUGUCGCUCAUGCACUGGCACUCCGUGCUGCCUGGGCUUUAGGAAACUACCGUAGAUUCUUUAAGCUGUACCAGGAAGCCCCACGCAUGGCUUCAUACCUCAUUGACAAGUUUGUAGAGAGAGAAAGAAAGGCUGCACUUCGGGCCAUAGUCAAAACGUUCCGGCCCGACGUGCCAGUGGAGUAUGUGCAGUCCAAUCUGGGCUUCCCUUGUUUAGACUCCUGUAUGGCCUUUCUCACUGGGCUAGGUGUCACCUUUGCCCCAUAUGACCCCGAUAAGAUAGACUGCAAAACCAGCACAGCCUCUUUGGCUGCUUCCUGAGAAGCGGGUGGGGAUAGAGCCAUAGAGGGAGGGAGCUUUACAUUUCCAAUGCACUGCACUUCAGACACCCCAGCCAGUUCACUGUAGUUGGCAAUCCCAGAACUGUAGGAAGACACAUGCAGCAUCACUGUAUUGCAAGACUCACAUUUCAGAAGGAAGAUAUGAUUUUGAAACCCACAUUAUUGUUUCAUACAUGGGUCAGCAGAUACUGUCAUACAAACAUUCUAAAUCUGCUUAAUUCCCAUUAUGUCUAACCACACUUACAAUGACAGAGAAGUGAGGGAACAGUUCAGGUUAUCAUGCAGUCUCAGCACUCAGAGGCCAUGAAGUCACAGGACCAGAUCAGGGAGGCAGUCACUCAUCAUGGUCCCUGUUCCUUUACCACCAUCAGAUGUCAAAGCUAACGGUGUUCUGUCAUGUUUUUUCCUUCCUCAAGUCAACAGCUCCAAGACCUGAAGUCCCAAGCCUUGUCAAGCAAAAGGGAAAUGUAAAAAGCUACUGUUGAAGUCACAGAUCGGGCCAUCUCCUCCGUGAAGCAAAGCUAGCAAUCAGGUCAGCGUAUCAAAGACUAUGAAAACUGCAAGGUGAGAAGAUGCCAGCAGCAGUUCAUCUGAAAGAAGAGUUGGUGGUUUGUAUGCCCUGCCCUACACCCUGUUUCCUUAAGGUAUCUAAGUCGGCCCUUCAUCCUGCUACUCCUCUUCGUUUACAUGGCCCUCGAAAGCAAUGGACUAAAGCCUCCAGUCUUUUUCCUGAUUUUAAUAAGAAGAACUCAUUUACUGGUCACAGUCAUGAAAUGGUUGGCCGGCAUUUAGGGGAAGUCUAUCUGAUAAGCAUUGACUUUGUUUAUGAGAAAGGAGUACAGGCGCGCGUUCCUCAUCAAGGUGAUGUCCUCGCUCCUCCAAGCCCCCUCUACACUGAGCUUAAUCAUCAGAAUCCAAGCAUUCGGAGGUAGAGAGGAAAUCUGCCUCCCGUCAUCCUCAGGUAGAGGUUCUGCCAGCACCUGGAAUCCAGCAACCCCUCAUCAGAACACCUCAAAGCAAUGGUGAAGUCCAUCCUUCAUCCUCGUCGGCAGUAUUGUCUUCACCAGCUAUAAUUCUUAAGAAACGUGAAGAUCGGCUGAAGGUUAAUCCUCCAUGUCUGGAGCAUUACUGAGAAGCCUGCUGCUGCUGCUGCUGCUGCUUCAAGAAGGAAUAAUAACGAGUGGUUUGUAUGCGAUGUGUGGCUCUGGUGUUUGCAAGGCUGGUAAGAGCAAAAGGACUUCUCUGGAGAAGGUGGAUGAUGGAACAACAGAGGUGUUUUCUCACAUUUCUUCUGUGUUAAUGUUUUGUCUUGUGUUAAGUGGACCACAGUAUUGGCCUUUUUCUUGUGUUAAAAUAUUAAAUGAUAAUGGAGAUGCUUAGCAGGUUUUUAAUGAAAAUGAAGAGGCAGAUAUUUCAGAUGAAUUAAGAGUCAUAAAACUGGAUGAUAUCCUAAAAUGCAAAAAGAAAAAAAAAAAACAGUUAGAUCCCAGAAAUGUUUCUGCACAGAUACAUGCUGCUGAUCUGGUAUUUAAGUUGAUACAUGAGUUUUAUACUGAUGCAGACAGUAAUACAAUAAAGAAGGAAAAGCAAGUUGAGUGAAGAGUAGAGUGUUUGUCCAUUCACUAAUAGAGGUGGUAUAAUUUUUCUAGAAUUAAAGCUACAGAUUAAGCCUCGGUCUAGUUAAUACACCCUUUUGAUCCUAGAAUAAAGACUUGUUCCCAAAGUGGCAGUGGAGUAGUUGGUUUUCUCUCUUGGGCACUCUCAUAGUGCACCAUAACUUCUGAGACAAAUGUCCCAACAAUAUUAAAAGUGAUGAGUUGGCUCCAAAAUACAGGAAAAUAUCCUUUUAAUUCAAAUAUUAAAAAAACUUGACUGACUUUCCAAGAGCUGCACUUUGUCCCCUUUAACUGAGCACCUGUGCUGACAUUGAUAACGCAGAUUGGCAUAGUGAUUCACUGCAGCUUUUUAGAAUUUGAACAGUAUUAAAUGUUCCCUGUCAGACAUUGAGCUUGAGUUAAUUCAAACCGUUGUAACAGACCAGAACAAGAGUGGAGACACGCUUGCUGUACAAUCAAAAUGUUUACAUGUCUACUCAGUAUAUUUUUUGUAAAUAUUGUAUGAUAUUGCUGUGGUGUCUUUUCAAUUUGGUGCAUAUAGUAGCAUUUUUGUUCACACAUGGGUAAGUGGGAUUUCCUGUUCUUUUAGACCAUUUGUGUGAAUAUGUAAACUUAACUGCAGGGUGUAGUGGUGGAGUUGGAAAAGGCCAGUUACUUCAUUCGUCCCUGUAAAGCCUCAAACAUUAGGAUUGAACCUUUGAACCUUUGGUGUUAAUCUGAAUUUCCAGUAAUAUCUCAAAUUUCGGUGUAAAAAGUUGUCUUCUUAGGGGAAAACAAAUUCAGUCACUUGCCUGUUUUGUGGCAGUUUAGUAUCAGAAGAUGGGUUCAUGUGAAGCUUUAACACGGUCAGUGGAGAUUGGGUCCUGAUGUAAAAUAUAAGUCAUGUUUAUGCCUUCAAAAAAAGUAAUCUUUCCAUCGGGCUGAAAAAACACUUUUGUAAACUUUGAUCUGAAAUUUGUUUUUCCAAAAUGUUCCAUGUUGACAUUUCAGCAAACAUCUUGUAAUGACAAUGAUCUCAACAUGUUUUCUUUCUUCCCACUUUCAUUUACCUCACCCCCCCUGUCCUUUUUGCUGACUCCUUCCCUCAGUUCCCUACACCUUCCUCUCUCACACCUUCAGACUCCUCAUCCUUCAGCUUCUUGUACUGCUGCAUUGCAGGAGCACACAGGAGUGAUAAGUGGGCGAAAACAACCACCUCCAGAAGCCAGCCGCGGAGAGUGAAUUGUGAGCAAUCCAAGUCUUGGUUUGACCCACUGAAGUUGAAGCCAUACAGCUGAUAAAAUACAUGGGAGUCUCACUCAGUGAAAUAUGGAAAGUGUUGAUCUGCUGCUAAUGUGAUUUUGCUGCUAACCCAAAUAUUCAGAGUUUUCCUGAGCAACCUGAUACUUGUUGAGUUUAAAAAAACUGCUUAAUGAUUGACAAAGUUAACGUACUGUUUUCUGUUUGUCCAAAUGCAUUUAACACAGUUGUAUUGAAACACCAAUAGUAUUUUUUGCCAGUUGAAUUUGUCUUUCAGUUUGUAUUUUGCUAUAAUAGUAAGGAAGCAUAUAACUUGAAUUUGCUAGAUACAGAACUGAACUUUAAAGAGCCUUGUUGCGAUGGUUUGAUCCCCGAUCAUUGUAAAAUGUGUCUGGACAUACAGAACAUGUAUCUUUGAAAUUCACCUUCAUUUGGUAACUUUUCUUUUUCUUUAUAUGCAGUGGUGUUUUAUAGGCAAAGUUUAUUUUUUUAAUUGCUGGUGUAUGCGCCCAUGCCAAGAAAUGACUCUUUGGUCUCUUCAAAUGUGAUGAAUUUCAUUGAUGCGUGUGUAAAUGUAAAAUAUUUCACUAAUGUUAUAAGUGUGAAUAUCUGAUGUCUCAGGUUUUCAGCAUUGAAUCAGCCCAGAAUGUUUGAUUUAUAUUUUUUAGUAGAAAAUUCACUCAAGACAACUAACUAUACACAUUUUCAUUUUAGAUGCAUUUGUGUUUUUCUCCCUUUCAAUGCCUGAUUUAUGUUUUCAGAAUUGCUUUGCUCCCAUGUUACUGUAUACCCCAUCAGUCUUUGUAACUCCUUCCAGUUUGACACUAGAACAACUCCAGGUCCCACUUCUUUAACCCCUCUCAUUUUCUGCUGCACCUUUUUUUUAUUUUAUUUUUUUAAUUGUCUUCAUUUUAUUUUGUCUUUCCUCCCUUUCUCUUUUCCCUGCAUGCUGUCCUCUCUUCUUUCCUCCAAGCCUAUAGCCAGUAUUACUUCUCUUCUCAUUCAUAUUUUUUCCUUUAAUGUUAAGUAUGUUUGUGACCAUUUGCCUUCUGUGCAACUAGUCACAAUCACUAGUAAGUAUUGUGUUUCCUCUGCCAAGCUUUAAUAGUUUAUGUUGCAGCUCACUAACAACUGAAGCUGAAGGUUUAUCUUCAAUGCCUCCACCCUAUCCUCAUCCUCACUCCUCUACAGAUCUUACAUGAGAAACUGCCAUUUUGUAAAUAUUGUGUACAUUUUGAACUCGAAUAAAAUUCAAGUAUAAUAAGCA